AUGGCAGCCACUGAGAAACGCCCUGAGAUCAUUGAGCUUGCUCGGGGACUGGCAGGAGUACCCUUGUGCGAUGACUAUGAGCGCAUGGUAUCUGGAAUGAUGUACAACCCGAACAUUCCGAAACUGCUAGAGGCGCGGCAUCUAUGUCGGGGACGUGCCGCAGACUUCAACAAUCUGGAUACCAGGACCGUGACAUACGACAAGAUUGGCGAGAAGCGCCUAGAGUUAUUGCGGAAACUCGUUGGUAGAGUUGGAGAUGGAACGUUUAUCGAGCCGCCAUUUUUGCCAGACUACGGGUGCAAUACUAUCAUCGGAAAGGAUUGCUUCUUCAACUGGAACGUUACUAUACUAGACACGAGCCUAGUUGUCAUCGGCGACCGUGUACAGAUCGGCACUGGGGUUGGUAUCAUCACCGCUGGUCAUGAUACCAGCAUUCUUUCUCGCCGCAAAUUCGUUGAAUUUGGUCAUCCGAUCUUUAUCGAAGACGACUGUUGGAUUGGAAGUAAUGUGACUAUUCUUCCCGGUGUGCGAAUCGGCCAGGGAUCAACCAUUGGAGCCGGAUCCGUUGUUACCAAGGAUAUCCCGCCGUUCUCUGUCGCCGUUGGCACUCCUUGCCGCGUGAAGAAGACAAUCCCAUCGGCGGAAGAAGAGGAGCAGGAUCCUAAUAACCAGUACCGCAGUUUGGAUCGCGAAGACCGAUAG